CUCCAGUAAUAUUACUGCACUUGUUCUCAACAUUUUCCCAGAAGAUUUAAAAGCAGCUUGCAUUCGAAUUUAUUGCACAGUUUCACCUACAUCAUAUACAACAUUAUUGCUGCAUAUUCCAGAAUGUUAACGAUUAUUGUGCUUGUUGUUAUCCUGAUGAUGUUGUUGCUGUAUCUUGGAUCACGAAAACCAAAAGGCUAUCCUCCAGGACCAAAGUGGCUACCAAUAUUAGGAUCAGCACUUGAAGUUGCUAAAAUUCGUAAAAAAACUGGAUUUUUACAUGCAACAUGUACACUACUGAGCGAAAAAUAUGGACCAAUUGUUGGAUUAAAAAUAGGCAAAGAUAGAAUAGUCAUAUUAAAUAAUUAUGAAAGUAUGAAAUCAAUGUUGAUGAAUGAAGACUGUGAUGGUCGACCAAUUGGACCAGUUUAUGAAGCAAGAACUUGGGGAAAAAGACGUGGUGUUUUAGUAACUGAUGGUUCACUUUGGAUUGAACAACGUAAAUUUCUUUUACGUCAUUUGCGUAAUUUUGGAUUUGGAAAAAAUGAUAUGGCCACAAUGAUUGAAGAAGAAGCAAUGUAUUUAGUUAAUAAUUUAAUUACACAAUUGGAGUCUAAUAUAUUGAUCAAUAAUAAAUAUAAUGAUAUAAAUAAAUAUAAAAAUAAUAUUAAAAAUGAUGGAAUUAUAUAUCAAUUAACAAGCCAAGAAUAUAAAAAAAAUUCAUCUGAUAAUUGGCAUCAAGAGUCAAUUGAUAAUUUAAUACGUAAAAAUUUACCAAAAACAAUUAAAAUUGAAGAUAUGUAUAUGAAAGCUGAGGAUUAUGCUGAAGUUAGAAAAUUAACUCAAAAAAAAGAAAUGAUUGUACAAAUGGAUGAAGUUUUUGGAGUUUCAAUUCUUAAUACACUCUGGAGAAUGAUGGCUGGUAAAAGAUUUAAUCAAGAUGACAAACAAUUAAUUCAUCUUCAAAAAAUUUUAACAACUCUGUUAAAAGAAUUGGAUAUGAUUGGAUGUCCCUUUGGACAUUUUCCAAUUCUCAAAUAUAUUGCUCCAAAAGCAUCUGGUUAUACAAAAUUCAUGGAAACACAUCAGCAAUUAUGGGCUUUUUUAAACGAAGAAUUAUUGGAUCACAAAAAAACAUUUGAUUCAGAUAUUCCAAAAGAUCUCAUGGAUGCAUAUUUAAAAAUUUUACAAACUGAAUCAUCUGGUGAAACAUUUUCUGAAUUACAAUUAUUGGCAAUUUGUGUUGAUUUAUUCAUGGCAGGAACUGAAACCACGACAAAAGCAUUGAAUUUGUUUUUAUAUUUGGUACUAUAUCCAGAUGUUCAGAAAAAAGCUCAAGAUGAAAUUGAUCGAGUGAUUGGCCGAGAUCGUCUGCCACUUUUAUCUGAUCGACCUAGAAUGACCUAUGUCAAUGCCAUCAGUCUGGAAGCUGUAAGAAUGUUUAUGGGAAGAACUAUGAAUAUUCCACAUCGAGCACUCAAAGAUACCUGGAUAAUGGGACAUCGAAUACCAAAAGAUACAAUGAUUGUAGCAAAUUUCAAUAGAGUUUUAAUGAAUGACUCUUGGGGUGAUCCUGAAGUAUUUCGUCCUGAAAGAUUCAUCGAUGAAAAAGGAAAUAUUUCAGUUCCUGAUCAGUACAUGCCAUUCAGCAUUGGCAAACAUCAUUGCAUGGGUGAAGUAUUGGCAAAAAGCAAUAUCUUUUUAUUUACAGCAGCUCUUUUACAGACGUUUACAUUUUCUCCAGUUCCUGGCGAGGAACCAACAACAAAAUUUCAUGAUGGUGUCACCGCAAGUCCAUUACCAUUUCGCGUUUUGAUAACCAAAAGAUAUUGA